AUGGAGAGGCCGGAGCAGGAGGACCUCGACCUUGAGCUCACCCUCCUCCAACCCGGCGCCUUGGCCGCCGCGCCGGAGGAGCCACCCGGCUUCUUCCUCUGCACCUACUGCGACCGCAAGUUCUUCACCUCGCAAGCGCUCGGCGGCCACCAGAACGCCCACAAGCACGAGCGCACCCUCGCCAAGCGCCGCCGGGAGAUCGCCGCCGCCAUGCGCGCGCAAGGCCGGUCGUCCGUGGCGCCGGGCGCCCGGCGGGUCGACGACUCCCCCGGGAGCGCUGGAGUGAUCGACCUGUCUGCAGGAGCGGAGCCUGGGAGGGCGAGGAUGAGCAUACAGAAAGCUGCUCCGUCGUCGGCCGGGCAGUCCGGCAGCCUGCUGCGCAACGUAAGCAGCUCGUCGGAGCGCGCCGCGGGCGAGCUGGACUUGUCCCUCAGGCUAUGA